ACACCAUUUUCCUUCACUCGCUUCCCCUUUGCUUGAAACGUUUUCUGGGCCAAAGAAAGAUAAAAAGGGAAGAAAAAAAGACUGAACUUUGCAGCAAUGGCGACGAUUACAGCUACACUAGGACCGAUAAUGGUGGGUGUGGCAGCGAAAAAAUCCCAAAAUUUUAGCAAACUUUCAUUGAAGAGUUCAAGAACAAGCUCAGAGAUUGGUUUCGUUGCAUCCCAGCUGAGUGGCAUCAAGAUUUCAACAGCCCACUUUCAGAAAAGUGCCCCUCUUCCUAUUUCUGCUCCUCGAAGGCCUUCCCUUCAGCCUGUUGCCCGUAGAGUAUGUCCUUUCACCGGGAAGAAAUCGAACAAGGCAAACAAGGUUUCUCACUCAAACCACAAGACAAUAAAGCGGCAGUUUGUGAAUCUGCAGUAUAAGAGAAUCUGGUGGGAAGCUGGGAAACGCUACGUCAAAUUGCGAUUGUCGACAAAAGCUAUAAAGACCAUAGAGAAGAAUGGACUGGAUGCGGUGGCUAAGAAGGCUGGAAUUGAUCUCAGCAAGAAAUGAUUUGAACAGCGAAUUCAUUUUAAUAGGGACAGGAAAAAGACUGACGAUUGCUCGUUCCUGUAAGGUUUUCAUUCUUUUAUGUUUGUAGCUUCUUCUUCUGCUGCUCUAUAUGAGAAACUUCAUUGUUAUAUGCUUCCGAUGUUUUAAUUUUCUAAUGAUGAAAAGCGAAGUAUUCAUUCUGUUA